AUGCCUGCAUGUUACCAGCCGGUCUUGGCAGAUUCACUCACUUGCUCCGUGGAUGCACUAGGAACCAACAUCGGUGGCCGGAAACGCAGUGUGCUUCCUGCACUGAGUGCUCUUACAGGAAGUCUCGCUGCAGCGUGCUAUUGGCAGAAAUCCUCCGUCAGUUGUUCUUCCGAAGAGGCUAGCAGACCUCCAACUGUGCGCAGAGUCAAAGUUGCUCGUGCAGCCGAUUUUCCAGAGGGAGAGCUUCGGCAGAUCCGAAUCGCUCCUACAAGCGACGGGGCUGGUGAAGGUGCCAUCCUCUUGACCAAGGUGGACGGCAAGUUCUACGUCCUUUGGCGGAUGCGAAUCAGAUUUUCAGGAGUGGGCCUUGUGGUCCAAGGAACAGAGUUCAGCCUCGACUGGCCCUUGAAGUGCAAGAUCAGGGUGUGGGCUGAGUUUCGUGUUGCAACUGAGGCAACUGGUGCAUCCUGCAGCCACUACAGUGCACCGCUAGCUGAAGGAGUUGCAGCGCGAGACAAGAUGCACGUGGUAUGCCCAUGGCACAACGCAGCCUUCGAUAUUCGGACCGGACAGCCUGUCCGCGGUGCUGGCUUGCAGGCUAUACCUACUUACACCGUCGCGGUAGAGUCAGACGAGGUUAUUGUGGACCUACCACGGAAUAUGGAUGAUUUUGUUGCGCCCGUCAUGGCGCAGCGAGACAGCCAAGACUCUCGGGUUUUCCUGGUUGUGGGUGGUGGAGCCGCGGGGGUAGCUGCAGCGGAUGCCUUACGACAAGAAGGAUACACGGGGCGCAUCGUGAUGAUAACCGAAGAGAGACACCUGCCCUACGACAGACCGGUGCUCUCCAAAAACCUGGGCAAAGCCUCGGACCCCGGCUCUCUGAGUUUGAGGGACCAAGAGUAUUUCGACAAGCACGAGAUUGAGAUAAGACGCUCCGCCAAGGUGGAGAAACUCGAUGCUGCGACGAAGACGCUCCGCCUUUCGAGCGGGCAGACUCUACACUACGACGCUGCCGUUGUGGCGACGGGUGCCAGGCCUCGAGAGCUUCCGAUCAAGGGUGGCGAUCUGCCGGGAGUGCUCGGGCUACGGACUCCGGAAGAUGCGCAAAGCAUUGCUGCCGCCUGCUCUUCCGACAAGAAGACCGUUGUCAUCGGGUCAUCCUUCAUCGGAAUGGAACUGGCCGCUACCUUGCGGCGGCGGGGCUGCGAAGUCACCGUGCUUGGGAUGGAACAGGUGCCCUUCGAGCGUGUGCUGGGGACCCGCCUGGGCAUUGUUUUGAAGGAUUUCUUCGAGUCAAAAGGGGUCAAGUUCAUGGGCGGCAACGUGGCAGCAGAGAUCAAGCAAAGCGGCUCCUCACUACAAGUCACACUAAAGACCGGAGAGGUGUUGACCUGUGACUCUAUUGUUGUCGGGGUAGGGGUGGUCCCUAAUGCAGAUUUCGUAGACGGCGUGCGUCGUGCGCGGGACGGCUCGCUGGUGACGGACGAUUGCCUAAAGACCACUGCAGAGGGCCUCUUCGCUGCUGGAGACGUUUGCACUUACGAGACCCCGGGCGGAUCCAUGCGGGUAGAGCACUGGGAUGUGGCGACCAGCCAGGGACGCAUUGCUGCGAAGAACAUGCUCGGUAAGGCCGAAAAGUUCGAUCAGACCCCCUUCUUCUGGACAUCUCUAUUCGGUAAGAAUCUGAGAUACGUUGGUCAUUGCACGGAGUAUGACGAGCUGGUGGUUGACGGUGAUCUGAAAAAGCUCAAGUUUGUCGCGUACUACUGCUUGAAAAACGAAGUAAAGGCGGUUGCGACCAUGUCCAGAGACCCUGUGGCGGUGGUGGUCGGAGAGCUCAUGCGCAUGAAAAGAAUGCCUCCUGUGAGCGACUUGAAGUCGGGCAGGGUCUCCACUGCUACCUUGGCCCUGGAGCUGAAGAAACCGAAGUAG